UGUUAUAUGAUUAAAACACAGAAAACAGAUGUAUUCGCCAAAAUUGGAGUGCGCAGACCGAUCGCCUUGUGACAUCAAAGCACCGCGAGAGAUUUUGAAAAGCUCUCGUGAUACUUUGAUGUCAUCCACCGGUCAGUCUGCGCAGUUCCGCAUAAAGGCAAACAUACCAUCCGUUUCAAGCUGAUAAGACACAGGCGUCUGAUGAUUGGGCAGUUUACGGUGCGCGUUCCUUCAGUUUUCAGGCAUUUUGUACGUCUUGUACGUGCGCGCACCCGACCAGUUUGGGUAAAAGUAACUGAGGCUGGAAUGAAUACAAACACUAUAGGAAUUAAUUGCUAACCUCUCAAUGAAUUUUCAAAGGUCCAUCCAGAGGAUAAGAGAGCAUUUGUGUUUGCAGAAAGACCUGGUAACAACACAACUGAAAUGAGCAAGAAACCCCCAAACCGCCCGGGGAUCAAUUUUGAAGUUGGAGCCAGGGUGGAGGCCCAGGACUACCUUCAGAAAUGGUACCCUUCUCGUAUUGAGAAGAUUGAUUAUGAUGAGGGAAAGAUGCUAGUGCAUUUUGACCGUUGGAGCCAUAGGUACGAUGAAUGGAUUCUCUGGGACAGCAACAGACUUCGCCCAUUAGAGAGACAUGUCCUACGAAAAGAGGGUCUAAAAGAAGAGGAGAUGUCUGAGAGUCUCAGCGAGAUGAGAACAUCUCGCCUUCGUGAGCUUCCUGGAAGUACAGAGAGCACAGAGGACCAAAAAGACUUACCACAGCAGAGACAAGAAUUGAGAGAUGGUGAGGAAGUGCUUGCUCGAUGGACAGAUUGCCGCUAUUACCCUGCCAAAAUUGAAAGUAUCAACAAGGAAGGCACUUACACAGUACAGUUUUAUGAUGGAGUCAUUCGAUGUGUGAAAAGAAUCCAUAUCAAGUCCAUGCCUGAAGAUGCGAAAGGACAACAGGACUGGAUUGCUCUGGUAAAGGCCGCUUCGGCCGCAGCCAAAAGUAAAGGAGGGAGCCGGCCGCGCACCAGCGCCAACAGCAACAAGGACCGGGAUGACAGGAGGGAUCUGCGGUCGGAUGAAGAGGAUGAUGAUGAUACGGAAUCAGAGAAACUCUCAGCAGACCUGGAGUCAGAAGAAGAGGACAGUAAACCGACUGCCGAAGAACUUGAAUCAGCUACAGCAAAAAGAAGAAGCAGAAGACAAGGGAGUUUAUGCAGCAGUAAAAGGACUCGUCUCAGUAAAGGAACAGGUGAGACUGAAUCUGAAUGCAAAGCUGAGUCAAACGAGCUUCCAGUGACCUCACAGCAGGAAGUGUCCGGGCCGGAGGGUAGUCCACUUGAGGAGGGGUCACAGUCCAUCAGCGCUCACAGACCCCCAGCACCUCUCUCUACCGCCUCCCCCUGCAAGUCCCGCUCCAGAAGACUGAAACACGACUCGGGAGAGUCCAGCUCUAGCAGUCACAACACAACAACAGCCCCCGAACCCAGUCCUUCACCGAGUUCACACACACUUCCUGGCAGCACACACAAUGCCCCUCCCAGUUCCCCCCAGAGAAGGAGGCGAUCUCAGCGUCUAGCGACAUGCUCUGAUCAGACCUUCUCCACCUCACCACACACUAGAGAUUCCAGCACCCUCCCUCCACCUCCAGAUUGCACUCAGAAAGCUGAUGAAGACAUCAGCACUGAAGUUAAAACAGAAGUGUCUUCACAAAAGCCAGUUACAGAAAGCCCAUCCAUAGCUCCUCCCACUGGCAGUGCACAUUCACCAAUCACAGAGAAGGAUAAGAUGACUGACGUUUUGCCUUGUAAUCAAACAACGCUUGGAGAAAACUCACCUUCUGUAGUGACGGUUGCUGGUCCAAAAGUUCCCUACCGGACACCUAAAGCCAACAAACACGCAAGAGAGCCAAUUAUGAACAACAAGAGGUGUGAUGACCCUUCGGCUGCUUCCAAAGAGUGUCUAAUAGACCUGGAUCAUAAUAAAUUUAAAUGUAAAAUCCCUGGCUGCUCCAAGGCCUUCCGGAAAGCAAAGCUGCUGGACUAUCACUUGAAGUACUAUCACAACACGGAGAAGGAGAUGGACGGCGAGGUGGGUUCACCAGAUAGGAUGGGCCGCACCAGAGCCACGUCUGCUUCCAUGCCUACGAGCACUCUGUCUGAAAUCCCAGACAACAAAAGACGCAGGACCGUCUCUACUUCUUCCUCUCUCUCCUCUCAGGGCUUUAUGCUUCAGAUGGACCACGCUGGCUGUGUGAGGCCCAAGUUCUGCAAGAAGAAGCGUUCCUCGGCCUCAAUCAGUUCAGAUAGUACUGAGGUCUCCCUGCCACCUCCAACCUUUGAUAACCUCCAUGACAAGAUUCUAAAGAGAGACAAGCACCCGGAUGCAGCAGGGCUUUGUAUAAAGACUGAACGAAAAUUCAAGCUGGAGGAUAAAUGUCAGUUGUUUGGUAAAAAGAGAGAUAAAGACAGAAGGGACAGAAAAGACAAGGACCUUUUUAGAAUUAAACAGAAGAAAAAGAAAAAAAAGAAGAAGAAAUCAAAACAGCACUGUUUCUCUGACUUGGAAGAGAUGUCAUUGACUUACCUGGACCGACCGUCUUCCCCGCUACAUCGCACUUCCUCCAGUGCCUUCACCAAGCACAGCACGUUCCAAUACCCUCGUGCCAUUUUGUCUGUGGACCUUACCGGGGAGAACCUAUCAGACAUCGACUACCUGGAAGACUCGACCACUGAGAGCUUGCUGUUCAGUGGAGAUGAGUAUAACCAGGAUCUAGACUCCAUCACCAUGGAGGAUUUCCAGGAUGAUGAUGAUGAUGGUGCUGAUGAAAUUGUGCGCUGUAUCUGUGAGAUGGAUGAAGAAAAUGGCUUCAUGAUCCAGUGUGAGGAGUGUAUGUGCUGGCAGCACAGUGUGUGUAUGGGGCUUUUGGAGGACAGCAUCCCAGAGCAAUACAUCUGUUACAUCUGUAGAGACCCUCCAGGUCAAAGGUGGAGCGCCAAAUACCGUCAUGAUAAAGACUGGCUUCAAAAGGGCCACAUGUAUGGGCUAUCGUUCUUGGCGGAGAACUACUCGCAUCAAAACGCCAAAAAGAUCGUGUCCACACACCAGCUGCUCUCUGAUGUUUACAAUGUCAAAAACUUGCUCCAUGGCCUUCAGCUUAAGAUGGACAUUUUACAGAACAAGCAUAACCCAAGUUUGCACUUAUGGGCCCGGUCAUGGGUGAACUCUGAUGAGGACCAGCCUAUGGGGGGCGUUCCAGACUGCCUACAUUUCAGAGGGCACCUAAACCAGAACUCGAACCCCGAAACCUAUAUCACCAGUGAGCAUAGCUAUCAGAAACCUCCCGGUACAGGCCUCGAGCACACACACAGCCCUCAAAGGGAUGAACAGGGGACCCAUACUCCUUCACACACAAUGCAGUUUAAUUUAAAGGAGGAAGAGGUCAACAGUGCCAUUGCAUUGUCAGACUGUAUGAAUGACAGCAGUCGGGUGUCGAUGGAGCAGUCUAGAAACUGCCUGCCGUGGCAGAUGAACCUACUUACGCACAUAGAGGACAUACAGAACCAGCUGUCCGGCCGCAUGGACCUGAUUGAGAAAGAGCUUGAUGUGCUAGAGCGCUGGUUCGACUUUACGGGUGAACUGGAGCCCCCCGACCCCCUGGCCCGACUCCCACAGCUCAAGUGCCGCAUCAAGCAGCUUCUGACGGAUCUAGGAAAGGUGCAGCAGAUGAGCACCCUCUGCUCUGUGUAAUACACAACACACACAUUAUAGUGCGUGUUCUGAGCUACUGACGCCAUCACCUGUUUCUUCACACACAUCUUCUAUGUGUUUAAAGAGACUAAAAGGGAUGCUCCUGUUUAGAUAUGUGUGCAAGCAUGGAGUGCUACAGACUGUUUUGCAAUGCUUGUCUUUACAAAGCAUGCAAUAAAAGACAGUUUACACACUGAUGUGUAAAACGGGAAGAUGCCGGUCUGUAACUAAGUCUAAACCACAUCUGCUUAAUGAAGAGUUUGUUGACUUAAAUAGGAAGAGAAAACCUGGCAGGUUAAUUCUUUAACAUGUUAACAGAAAUUUUAAAUGGACUGAAGAGGUUAUAACAUCACAAAUUUAGGUUUUUAGCCUUUGGGUCGGCUAGAUCCCAAGAGCAAAUCAAAUUCACUGUGCUUAAAGCUUAUCAAAACACAAAGUUUUUACGAAUAGCAAGCGGCUUUGGGUGCCAAAGUGGUAAGAUGGGAUUGUUAAGGCUUCUGCCACCCAAAAGGUGAGCAGUCACUUUGAAGUGCCAAGAGAACAGACCAUUGCAGUCUGUUUUUUUUCCAGACUCAUGCAAUUUCGUUGAAGUUUUGGAUGUUAGAAAUGGAUGUUACUUUCUAGACCAGAAUAAGUUUCCAGUUGGAUGCACUAAAGGUUUAAGGUUCACGAUGCCAACAAACUUAUAAUAGCAACAACUAGAUAGAAUUUCAUACAGCAAUUCGUGUGUAAUACUUACUUUAGCAUGUUUAUUUACAGUCUUGACAAAUGCUGUAGUGAUUUUCAAGAAAAUUAGCUACUUUAACCGUGGGCCCAUUCAUUAUUUAGCCCAAAAACAGGUGACUCUUCUCACUAAAGUCUGUUUAUCAUGUUGAUAUUUUGAGAGUUGCUACCGUGAAGUAAGCUAAUCCUGAGAUGGAUGUACGUGCAUAUAACAGAUCCAUUUAGUUCAUUUUUUUUUUUUGAAGAAGAAGAAGAUGAUGAUAUGUUUAAACAGUUUUUAUAACUGUAAGAAAACAACAAAACCUAAGGCAUAGCAGGACAAUACUUGAAAAUGCCUGUUUAAUUUCAGUUUCUAUUAAUCUGUACAAAAAGUGUUUUAGAAUUUAGAUUUAAAACUUGAAGUUUGUUUUGAUGAGAAUACCAGCUGUACAUUAAAGAGUUUAUUUAAAGACCUGAUGUAAUUAUCUGUAUUUACUUCAUUAAAAAUAUUCUUGACAAUUUG